AUGCGCAACAGAUCUUCGAAGCGGGUCGAUCCCCUACGAGCAAAGGAGGUUUCGCGCAUCGAAAAGCCUCGUCGCCCGCAGCGAGACCGCCGUGAACUCCCGUCUUGGUACUAUCGAGUCUAUGCUUUCAGCUAUAACGGGGACAGGGAUGUAGAACCCUGGGACUUUGACGAGGAUAUCUCUGACCUGGAAGAGGAUAAGACGCAGGCGGGGGAUGGUGACGAGCAGCUGUGGAGGGAGGACGAGGACGAGGUUGAGGGCCAGGGCGAGGGCGAGGAUGAGGACAAGGGGGGGGCGGACUGCGAAUGCGACGGGGAGGACCCCGAUUGCUAUUGCCAGUUCGAAGACGGCGAUCUAAGAACUGGAUGA